GGCUUCGGCCUCCUCUGUGGCCCUCUCGGGCUGUUCCUGCGGCUGGUGGGGCAGCUGAAGAGAGUCCCACAGACUGGUUGGGUGUACAGAAAUGUCAAGAGACCAGAGAGUGUGUCAGAUCACAUGUAUCGGAUGGCUGUUAUGGCCAUGGUGACCAGAGAUGAGCAUCUGAACAAAGACCGAUGUAUACGUCUAGCCUUGGUUCACGAUAUGGCAGAAUGCAUCGUUGGCGAAGCACCAGCAGAUAACAUCCCCAAAGAAGAAAAACAUAGGCGAGAAGAGGAAGCUAUGAAGCAGAUAACCCAACCUCUUCCAGAGGACUUCAGAAAGGAGCUCUAUGAGCUUUGGGAAGAGUAUGAGACUCAAUCUAGUGCAGAAGCCAAAUUUGUAAAGCAGCUCGACCAGUGUGAGAUGAUUCUUCAGGCAUCUGAAUAUCAAGAUCUGGAGGACAAACCCGGGAGACUGCAGGACUUCUAUGACUCCACCGCAGGAAAAUUCAGUCAUCCGGAGAUAGUCGAGCUGGUUUCUGAACUUGAGGCAGAAAGAAAUGCUCGCAUAGCUGCUGCUGCCGCCAGCGAGCCACGCUCCUGAGAUGCUCUUAACUCGGCCGCACUCCUGGGACAGACAUUUUAUUUUUCCGUUUCAUGGUACUGUGUUUUGCCCCUGUUGGUCUGUAGAUUUUUCCCAGAUGCAG